CUCGCGGCAAAUCUCGCGAUGACUUUUCAGGGUUGCUAGGCAACACUAAGGCGAGCGUUUGGUUCGCCUGUUAAAGCAGCUAAACUAUACGAGUACCAUCAAACAGCAUAUUUACGGUUAAAGCUCUACACUUCAGACCACAAUGGCAAGCCAGAGACCUGUAAGCCGUGGAUCAUUUGGACCGGGCUCUGGACGACCACUUACAGCCAUCCGACCGCCACAGACGGCUGUCAGAGUCGGCACUGCGAUGGUCCCGAGCACCGGCCGCCCUGGAACCAGAGGUGGACCCUUGGCUUCUCCUGGUGUUUUAUCAGCACAGAUUAAAGUGGCAGAUCGGCCAGUGACUCAGCAGGGUCUCAGCGGAAUGAAGACUGGCAUGAAGGGACCACAGAGGCAAAUCCUGGAUAAGUCAUAUUACCUUGGUUUAUUACGGAGUAAAAUAAAUGAGCUGACGAUGGAGUCUAGCAAACUACAGAAGGACAUUGACACCUUCAAUCAGGAGAAUUCAGUGUAUCUUUCUUACGAAAAAAGAGCAGAAGUCCUAGCUGGAGAAAUUAAAGAUCUUCAAGGGCAACUGGCAGAUUACAACAUGCUGGUUGACAAGCUGAACACAAACACUGAAAUGGAUGAAGUUGUGAAUGACAUCAUCAUGCUGAAAGCACAGAAUGACAGAGAAGCUCAAAGCAUGGAUGUGAUAUUCACUGAGAGAAGAGAGAAAGAGGAUAUGAUCAGAGCUGUGGAGGAUGAUAUAGUUCAGGAGAAACAGGCUGCCCAAAACAUUAUUCAAAAGAUGUCUGCUGAUAAACAGGCCAAGUACACUGAGAUGAAAGUCAGCAAUGAAGAGCUGCUGCAGGAGCUGGAUUCCCUUCAAGAGGAACUGGACGCUCUGAUGAGUAGGAAGGAGACGUUUGAGGUGGAUCUGGUUCACUCUCAGGCCAAACAGGAAGCAGUUAUGCUGCACGAGAAAUUACUGGAGCUCGAGAACCGCAGAGAUGCCAUGCUGGCUGAAGACAGGAACAUGGGCUCUCCACAAGAGGAGCGAGAACGCCUCUUUAAACAGGUGAAAGAAAACAAUCAGGAAAUUGCCAGCAUGGAACGACAGCUGUCAGAGGUACGUGAGAAAAUUAGCCAUCUUGCCGAUGAGAUGCGACAACUAGACGCUGACAUGGAGGAACAUCAAGGGGAACGAACCCAAAAGUACAAGGAGCUGCAGAAGAGAGAAGAGGAAAUCGACUCAUAUUUGAACACAUUUGAGGAAAAUAAAUCUCAGGAGCAGCAGCUGAUCAGAGACGCACAAAGCAGCAUCGUGGCUUUACUGGAGCACUCCAGCAGGAACAUCAAUCGUCUGCAGCAGCUGUCAGCAGUCACUGCUCAAGAGCUCCGUUCCAUGCAGGAAGAUCUGAGCUUCAAAGAGACAGAGAUGCAGAAGUCUCAAAGCACCGCAAAAGGUCUUUCCUCAGAAAGUGAGCGUCUACAGCAGGAUCUGCUGAAAGUGGAGCAGUUGGAAGGCAAAGUGACCACAGAGCUGCAAACUCUGAGAGAUCAGCUCAAACUCAUGACGCAAGAGCUACACACAUACAGAGAUCUGGACGCUCUCAGAGCUGCCGGAGAAGAGCGGAAGAAGAGACUGCAGGAGGAUCGAGUCACACUCACUCAGAGGAAGGACUCCUUCAAGAAGAUGAUACAGAAAAUGAACGAGGAGUACGAGUCUCUUAAGAACCAGUUACAAGAGAGCGAGAUCCAUGUUGAGCUGACCAAUAUGGAGAGGAAGUGGCAACAUCAUGAACAGAACAACUUUGUGAUGAAAGAAUUCAUCGCCUCCAAAGGUGUAGAGAGCGAUUACCGCCCAGUGAUGAAGAACGUCAACAAACAACUGCUAGAGUACAAUAAGAUACUAGUUGAUACCCUACAGGGAACGAGAAACUGAGGAGGGGGGGCACUUCCUGUCUGCAGCAGCUCGCAACUCACUUCCUGCCCAAGAUGAGCCCUGCACUCAGCAUUCUAAAGAUGACUUUGUGUGAUUGUAUUCUAGAAUAUGAUCCACAUUUCCUAAUCUCAGGUGUAUCAGAAUCUUGUUAUCAUGAGAUUUGAAACAUGUCUGAAUGUUAGUCCGUCUGUAGAGCUCAAUAAUUACACUGGUGUGUAAUUCAUGUGAUUUGUUUUAAAAGACUGAUUUUAUUCCUCUUGUUGUUCAUUGUGAGUUAAGCAUCACUGCAGUGUAUGUUUACAGUGAAAGCUGUCAUGUUACCCGAGAGGAAGCUGAGCUUUGAGACGAUAGGUGAGGCGUUUACUGUAACUUAAUAGCAGAAAGAUGGAAAUAUAUUCUGUUGUCUGAUUUCUGGCUGGUAACUGUUGCUGCAGUGUCCAUUCAACCCCAACCGAGCAACUACACUUCCCACAAGAAAAAACUGGUUAAUAAACAUGCUAAUUAAAACAUUA